AUGGCGAAAUCACUCCUUUGUUCUUCAACCCUAAACCCAUUCUUCUCUUCCACUCUCUCUUCAUCAACUUCUUCGAAGAAGAAGAACCAAAUUGCAUACUCAGGAAACAACAAGAACCAGACAUCGUCUCUGUUAUGGAAAAGAAGAGAUUUGUCUCUUGGAUUUAUGAGCAGCUUUCUUGCGGUUGGUCUUGUGGGUAAUGACAUAAGAAGACGUGACGCAAAUGCAGCGAUUCUUGAAGCUGAUGAUGAUGAAGAGCUUCUGGAAAAAGUAAAGCAAGAUCGUAAAAAGAGGAUUGAGAGACAAGCUGUUAUUAAUUCUGCCGUCAAAGAAAAGGGGUAUUUGCAGGAACUGGUUUACAAGUUAAGCAAAGUAGGACAAGCCAUUGAGAACAAUGAUCUUCCAGCUGCAGGUUUGGUUUUGGGGAAAGGCACUGAUACCGAAUGGGUCAAAACCGUUAAUUCGGCUUUCACAAAGUUGAGUUCAAGCCCAGAAGAGAAUACAGAGGUGGAAACAUUUAACUCGUCAUUAGCUUCUCUUAUUACAUCAGUGAACAAGAACGAUAUAGAGUCAUCGAAGCUCGCUUUCGUGUCAUCGGCUAGUGCAUUUGAGAAAUGGACAACUUUGACAGGUCUUUUGGAACAGCUUAAGGGAAUUUGA